GUCGGCGUUUGUGUAACAUGUUAGCCUGUGUGCCUUCGCUGUCACCGCCGUCCUCUCAUGUAGUUACAUAACCACCCUCAUGGCGGGACUUCUGAAGAAGCAGUUAAAGGAGGCUGUGAAAGUCAUCGGCGCUGGGAGCUUUCUCUUUGCCUCCUACCUCACGGCUGUGGGAGAUGAACGUUUUUAUGCCAAUCAGCUGAUGCCUCUGAUGCAGAGGCUUGUGGGAGCAGAGACGGCGCAUGUGCUGGCGGUUAAAUUAAUAAGUCUGGGCCUAGUUCCUGUCAACAGAUACCAAGACCCUGCCUCACUGGAAAUAAAGGCCCUGGGGUUGAGAUUUAAAAACCCUGUUGGAAUUGCAGCCGGCUUUGACAAGCACGGUGAAGCUAUCGACGGUUUGUACAAAAUGGGAUUUGGUUUUGUUGAAGUUGGAACAAUUACUCCACAACCCCAGGAAGGAAAUCCCAAACCUCGUGUGUUUCGUCUGGCUGCCGAUCAGGCAGUUAUUAACAGAUACGGGUUCAACAGUUGCGGUCUUGCUGAAGUGCAUCAACGACUCAAAGCUAGAGAAGCGCAGCAGCUCAGUCAAGAAGGCCAUCCCCUCGGCAUCAACCUGGGGAAGAACAAACUGUCCCAGGAUGCAAGGGCAGAUUACACCGAAGGCUUGAAGGUGCUGGGUCCCCUGGCGGACUACCUGGUGAUCAAUGUCAGCAGCCCAAAUACACCAGGUCUCCGGGAUCUCCAGGGGAAGACAAAGCUUCGCAAGCUCUUACAUACGGUAUUAGAGGAGCGGAACGCGUUGCAGGUGGAGCACAAACCUCCAGUGUUGGUGAAGAUUGCUCCAGACCUCACCACCCAGGACAAGCAAGACAUUGCUGAAGUCGUAAUGGAGCUGGGGGUGGAUGGUUUAAUGGUGUCGAACACAACCGUGACCCGGCCAGAGACUCUACAAGAUCCACAAAGAUCUGAAACUGGUGGACUGAGUGGUCAGCCUCUGAAAGAGCUGUCAACACAGACUGUCAGAGAAAUGUACAGACUCACCAAAGGUAAAGUAACAAUCGUUGGAAUUGGAGGUGUCGCAAGUGGACAAGAUGCACUGGACAAAAUCCGAGCAGGUGCCUCACUAGUUCAGCUGUACACUUCAUUGACUUACCAGGGUCCACCUGUCGUCACAAAGAUAAAGCGCGAGUUGGAACAGCUGCUUAAAGAACAAGGCUUCAGCAGCGUGUCUGAGGCCGUUGGUGCUGAUCACAGAGACAACAAUGCACCUUUGUGAGAGUUAGUGCCACCGGUAUCACGUGACGUCUCAUUUGACACCAUCAUCCAGGAUUCGCAAGUUUUGAAUGGAAAAUCAUGGCGUCUUAUUAAACUUCUUCUCACUUGAUGGAAGUCAGAAAUGGCUCUAACUGAUGGACAACAAUCACGCACACUGCUAGAAGACUCACAGUGUAAGUCCAAGAUUUUUCAUCUUAGUGUAAUGUCUUUCAGCUGCGUCCAUCAAAAGAUGAUGACCGGACUCUCCUCGGAGAGUUGGAAAAGCCAAGUUUGACAAUAAUGUCAAGUCAAUGUCAACUCAAGCAAAAGGUUUCUCAGGUUGGCAGGCAGCCUCACUGAAAGUCUGGAGACAAAGUCCAGGGAUAUGCGCCUCCUCAGGGAGUGACAGAGCGCUGUCACAGCACAGUGAGAGUCGCAGGGAAGUGUAGGAACAAGCCCAGUCAGCUGUAAGGAAUCUGAUGGAAGACCACGUCGAAGCCUUACUCAGAAAUCACUGUCCAACAUUGUGACGUUGAUGUCUCAUUAUGUCCACAGACGCGACAAAGGCCUGACUUGUAUUUGAGUUUUUGGCUUGUUUUUUUUUUUUUGUUUGUUUUUUUUUUUAAGGGUUUUGAAAAUCUGGCUGCCGAUUUUGACAUGAAAGAUGGGCUGACAGAGAAUAGCAGAAUAUAAAAAAGAGUGGCGUCAUAGAGACUGUGCCGUCGUUCAUUUUUCAUGUCUCAAAUGUAUUUUUAAUUCUUGGCACUCCCUUGUCUUGGUGAGCCAGACUCGCAGGCAUUUCAGAACACACGAUUGAUUCUCACUGAUCCUCAGUUGGGUCAGGCUCGGGGGCGCUGACGUAAAAAUGCUGCUCCUCGUCUAUGCGUCGCUGCAGCAGCUUUGCCCCGAGUCUUGCAGUGAUUACUUGUAUCUGUGAUGAUGGUCUUGCUGUCUUCUCCAAAAUCUAUU